AUGGCAUCUUCAAGAAAGCUAGGCCUCGCGGCUUCUUUAUUGAUUGCAUCUGCGGCUGCUCAGCAGCCAGGAGCCUACACUCCAGAGGUUCAUCCCACGCUUAUAUCGGAAGAAUGCACGACGUCAGGAGGAUGCGUCAAAGUCAACACUUCCGUCGUUCUUGACGCCAACUAUCGCUGGCUCCAUAAUGUUGGAGGAUACGAUAAUUGUGCCCCCCAAAGUUUCAACUCAACUAUAUGCCCAGAUGUCGAAACCUGCGCGAAGAACUGCGCAUUGGAGGGAGUUGAUUAUGCCAGCUAUGGUAUCAAGGCGGAAGGAGAUACACUCACCCUCAACCUUUUCAAGACAGAGGGAAAUGUAACGUCCAUGAGCUCGCCGCGGGUCUAUCUACUUGCCAAUGAUACCGCAUAUGACAUGUUCCAGCUCUUGAACCGGGAAAUUACAUUCGAUGUCGAUAUCUCCAAGGGUGGUUGCGGUGUCAAUGGCGCUCUUUACUUGUCUGAGAUGAGCGCUACUGGUGGCGCAAGCGACCUCAAUACCGCGGGUGCUGCAUAUGGCACAGGUUACUGUGACGCUCAAUGUCCGAAACAGAAAUUUGUAAACGGAAAAGCAAAUCUCAACAACACAUAUGGAGCGUGUUGCAACGAAAUGGAUCUCUGGGAGGCCAACAACGCAGCGACUGCCUAUACUCCCCACCCCUGCAGCAUAUCUGGUCCUUACCAAUGCUCUGAUUUGGAGUGCGGCGCCGGAGACAACCGCUAUGGAGGUGUCUGCGACGAAGAUGGCUGCGACUUCAACCCGUACCGCAACGGCGCCAAGGACUACUACGGUCCGGGCAAAACUGUCGAUACCACCAAGAAGUUCACUGUCGUUACCCAGUUCCUAACUUCCGACAAUACCACCACUGGGACUCUCAGCGAAAUUCGCCGCGUCUACGUCCAGGACGGCAAGGUUAUCCAAAAUUCAAACACCAAUGUCACUGGCCUUGCAGUAGUCAACGCUAUGGACGAUGAAUACUGCACAAACACAAAGGAAGUCUUUGCGGCCACCGACGACUUCAAGAAGAAGGGCGGUAUGAAGCAGAUGGGAGAUGCACUAGGACGGGGAAUGGUCCUUGUAUUCAGUAUUUGGGAUGAUGCGGGUGGUGGAAUGUUGUGGCUCGAUAGCACUACUGGGGAGGGGCCAGGAUCUGAGAGAGGGCCAUGCUCAUUGACCAGUGGCAAUGCAACGGCUAUUAUGGAGCAAUUCCCUGAUGCUGCUGUAACGUUUUCGAAUGUCAAGACGGGAGAUAUUGGGUCGACUUUUGGGAAGAGCGAGUAA